AUGUAUUAUGAUCCUAUAAAAAAGGAAAAGAAAGAGGUCGAAAAAAAAGGAACUGCUAAGUGGGAUACAAGAAUAGAAGAGGUAGAAAGAAGAACAUUAGAAGUCAAUUUACUGCCUCCUUUUCCUCCCAGUAUAGUAAAUGAAUUGCGGAAUCCUAAAAAACCUUGGAGAUAUGGUUAUCUAUUCAAAAAUCGUCCUUUCAUCUGA